AUGCCAGUCCCUCUCUUCUCGCCUUGCAUCUCGGUCCUUGCACAAUCAAUACAGGAUAUGGUACUCACAGCGGCAUAUCGCAAGUGGCUGGCGGCGGGUUUAUGUUUGAUCGGUGCCUAUUUCUUGACAGCGUAUCUUAACAACCCAGAAUCCAGAUACGCGCUGCAACCCUUACUCCAUCGGUGGCAAAGGGCACCGGUGGCCUUGGACGACGCAACCGGGGAAGUCGAGUGCACCAUCAACGAAAACCACCUUCUUGCGUACUACCGCCUUGCCUUUACCCGGAGCGGCCCCAGCUUAGAGGCCCGGCCAUCCGAGAAGGCUGGCGGAGGUGCGUGGAAAAAAUUUGAUGCUAAUGCACCCGAGCUGGAUUAUAUCGGUCUAAACCGAUUCGAAGAAAUAAUCCUUUGGCAAAGGCCGGCAGACGAAGAUGAGUUUGCCCAUAAACUUCGCCUGAUAGGUGCGAUCUGGCGGCCACUGGCACCUGACGAGGGCGGUUGUGGUAGCCGUGACGAGUGCGGCUGCGACUGCGACUGCGAUAUCACUGGCACCCAGGACAGCGUUACGGCAAGGAGGAGGUGGCUUGCAUGGCCGUCUUCCGGCGGGCUAUGGGCUUUCGAGGCUUCCCAGUGUGAGCGUUGGACCAGGGACGAUGUAAGAAAGCUCGCCGGUAUGUGGAGGGUGGCUGUUACCAUGGAUGAGGCGGCACAGCUUCUCAAGGAUAUGGGUCGGGCGGUCUUUUAUAAGAAUCCAGCAGAUUAUCCUCCCCUUGCUGAUCUAUACAACACAAUCUGA